AAAACGUCAAGUGCACACCCAACCGGCCAUGGCAGUAUCACAGUAACUCUUUAAUACGCGCAUUUAUGUAUAUACGUUAUUAAAAUAAAAUCCUUUGAAUCGUGAGUGCCGCAUAAAGUCCUAAUGGAUAAAUCAUAAAGAGACAACAAAUAAGAAACGUUUAACAACAAUAAUAACACCAGGCACAAUAGCCGUAACGUUAAAAUGUUAAUUCGUUGGAAAAGCAAAGAUAAAAGCGCUGCAACAAAUCAAAGCAGUAGUGGCAGUGGCAGCUCAUCAUCAAAGAAAAAACGCAAAGGACGCGAAGGAGAAGAAGACUGGCAAAAUGAGAAUAAAUCAGGACGCAUGCCGCCCAAUGAGCAAGGCGGUGAUGAAAGACGCCGAGCCAUGCGUCGCGAUGAUCCACGACGUCACACACUUGGUGGGGAUAUGCUCGUCUAUGGCGGGUCACAGCAUCCACACCCACAUCAAAUGGCGCCUCAGCAGCAACGUGCCAUGGACUUGGAAAUGAGCACACGGGCACAGAAGAAUAAGAAGAAUCAACCAAUGCGCGGCUAUGCACCCGUCAAUCAGGGUCCACUUUUCGACGAUGAUCCCGGAAUUAUGUCCGAGGUGGAAACGGCCAGCACUGGCUUUCGACGUGGCGGCAAACAACGCUCAUCGCUGCCCGUGGUCCGCACACCCUCUAAAACACUGGAGCGACCACUAGGUCUGGUCUUUCUACAGUAUCGCUCGGAAACGAAACGCGCCCUGUUGCCCAACGAAAUAACCUCGAUCGACACGGUGCGUGCCCUAUUUGUGCGCUCUUUUCCACGCCAGCUUACCAUGUCUUAUUUGGAGGGGCCGAAUGUUAAGAUCUACAUACACGAUGCCAGCAAGGAUAUGUUCUACGAGCUCGAAGAUGUGCGCUCCCAUUUGCGCGAAAUACGCGAUCGGUCUGUGCUGCGCCUAUUUGAGUCGACGGAGGUGGCUGCACCGCCACAGAUCUUGCCGGGCGGUCCUGGCAUACCGCAACCCUUGCCGCAGGCACAGGCGCCGGCUCAUUGGGAUCAGGAUCAGAGCUAUUUUAGCGAGCCCGAGUUCGAUUCGGACUACAAACAUCAGCACAUACACAAGUCGAAGGUUGGCAAGCAACCAGCGCCUUACUAUGUGGGCUCAUCACAGACAUUGCCACGUGGCAUGUACUCUUCGGAACGUAAUAAAGUGUCUAUGGGAGCGCCUGUGAAACCACUCAGAACGCAUAAUCCAAGGGGUAGCAUGGAACCCCUGUUUCCCUAUCCCCCGGAUCAGUUAUACAGUAUACCAGACGGAUACACUAGCUCGCCGGAGCGCAGCACGCGCGGCAACUACGAGGAACCCUAUUAUAGCCAGUACGGCACUCGCGGGGCCGUUGUGGCGCCCAUUAUCGACGAGGAGCAGAGUGAUGUGGCGCUCACCGAGGAUCAGUACGCGCUGUACGGCAUUAAAGUGGGCCCCGGUCGUCUGCCGCAUCGUGGCAACCAGAUCUACGACCCAACCAGACCGGAAGAUUUGCAUCGCAUACGCGUCGAACAUAUGGAACGGCAAUUGGCCAACUUGACUGGCUUGGUGCAGAAGGCGUUGGUCAAUCAAAAUCCUCAGAUUGCGCCAAUGCCAGUGCCGACAUUGGACUCCAACUAUCUUGUUGUGCCAUCGCAAAUGCAAGCUAACGGUUCCGGCGAUGAGAUGUAUGUUAGAGAGAAGGCACCCAAGCUGGGCAAGAAUUCAUGUCAGAAAUCCGUUUCCUUUGAGAAAUCAGUAUCCUUUAGCGAUGACAUACAGGGAAUACCCAAAUCUCAUAGUCCACUACAUGCCGCUGAUACGAAACCUACCAAGCCGGCAAUCAAGUCGUCUACCUUGCCACGUACAUCGUCACAAGAACGGGAUCGUCUCAAGCCGCCGCCACCUCCCAAGCCCAUUGUGCUGGCGCAGACUGCGCAUCCGAGCUACCGUGCGGACAUUGCGCUCGCGCCCGAGGUCUACAAUCACUUGCGGGGCCUGCAGAAGAAGGCCAAGGAUCUGCGAAUGGAAGUGCGCACCCUGCGGCGCCUCUCUCAAGCACAGGCAGUGGCCGUGCGCGAGGAUAUCAAGGGGACGUUCAUGCGCAUACGCGCCACCCUGUUGGCCAGCAACGGCAGUUUUUGGAACCACCAGGGCGAUCAGGAUGCAACGCGCAUUUCACGCGAAGAGGAGCUAUACAAGCAAGAGGUCAUUCGCUUGGAAAAGGACCUCAGCGACUUGGAGGCCUCGGUGGAAAACUUGCGCGGCGAGGUGAUCAAUCGACGCACGCGCGUCAAUAUGACCGCUGUAGAGGACAUGGCCUUGGUGUUGAGUCGAGCCAGCAAAACUGUAGCUGAACUGAAGCUCAAGUUUCCGGCACUAUCCAACGGGUUGCGCUGCAUUCUUUCCAACGAAAUGGAGAAGGUGGUGCGUGAAGAAAAGUUCCUAAAAGAAGAGCCAGAUCGCCUAGAGUCGGCAUUACGUCGCUGUAAGAAACUAACUGGCACACUGGUGACGCUCAAGCGCUUGGCCAGCGUGCAGGAACAACGAUUGCCACCCAAUGAGCCGCAAAUCAAUGAAGAGCCGCCCCGGUCAGCGGAAAUAUCGGCGCCCGAUAAGCCAAUCCCAACACCCAGGAUGGGGUCGAUCACUAUCAGCGGGGGAGCCGCACCCGAAAACGCACUCGAUGCUCUGCUAGAUGAGCUCAAGACAUUCUCCAAACCCAUAGCCCAACAACAACAGCAGCAGCAGCAACAGCAACAACAACAGCAGCAAUACGAGCUACGCCCCGAAGACUCCGCAUCCGAUGAGAGCGCACAGGCCGCAGUACAAAGCACCGUCACCACACAAAUAUCGCAGGCUCGCCUCUACACAGAGGCCAACAGCAACAUGCAGCAGGCGACCACCAACAGUGGCAGCAACAUGGUCAUUGCCACGGGCAAUGCACAAUCGCACCAGCGCACCGUUACAGGAAUCGGACCUGGCUCUGGUUCUGGCACUGGCCCCGGCCCCGGCACCGGCACUGGCACUGGCACCCUAACACAUCAGCAAUCGCAACAGCAACUGAUGGUGCACACCAACAUGGGGAGUUUGCGACGCCUGCACUCGUAUCCCAGCGAGUCGGAGAGCGAGCUGCCCCCGACUGGGCCGCGGGCCAACAACAACAGCAGCACCCUGGCCAAUGGUGGCACCACCACUACCAGCAACAGCAGCAGCGGCAAGCCACCAGUGCCCGAGCGCAAUGCCGAUUUGAUAACGAAGGUGGGCAACAAGCGCAUACCGCCACCACCGCCGCCACGCACUAGCUCACGCAGUCCACUGGCCAGUCCAACCAGCCCGAACGUGCCACAUAAUAUGGCCGCGGCAGCCGCAGCUGCAGCCACCAAUAAUGUGGGCAACAGCAUGAACAAUGUUGGUAAUACGGAGGUAGGAACUUCAGCCAAUACUGGCAUUGGUAUUGGCGGUGGCGACACCUCCAGCGGUGACAACUCCAGCGGCAAUGAGUCUGGCAACGAUCACGUACAACGCCAGGUAGCGCUAGAGAUGCGCCAUCAGGAGCUGCUCAAGAAGCAGAAGCUGCUGCAGGAGCAAUACCAACGUCUCCAGCAAAUGAGCAAAUUGCCGUCCGUAGAUGUGACCUGCCCCUCGGACGCUGCUGUCCCUGGCAGCGGCAGCGGCGGCGGCGGUGGCACACUCAAGAAGCUGGGCAGUGAGACGAAUAUACAACAGAAGAUAGCUGCAUUGAGCUUGGCCUGUGAGGCAAGCGGAGCCGCAGCUGCGGCAGCAGCAGCAGCAGCUAAUGGUGUGUUGGUCAGUGAUGCUACGAGCGGUGUGGUAGGCGGCGGCGUAGUUGGUGGUGGUGUUGGUGUUGCUGUUGGGGCCGCUGGUGCGGGCGCUGCUGUUGCUGCAAACGCCCAGACGCAGGCCCAGGGACAGCAACAGCAACAGGCGGCAACAAUGACCACCAAGCAGGUUUACGAAACGGAGAUACUUUAACACAAUUGGAAAUUGGCGUGGAAGGAAACUAAAAUUGACAUUUAAACAAGGAGAGCUGGCGCUUUAGAGCCGCCAGCCUAGGCACUAGCUAACUGUUGUUUCUCACUCUCCGCUCCAUUCCACUCCACUCCACACCAUUCUCGCUCUUUCACUCACACUUAGUGCACCUUCUUUCUAUCUCGCUUGCAACUGCUACAAGACUUCACCCCCUCCCCAUUGCCCCCAUUUUAAAAUAAUGACUUUAAAAGUCCCCAAGCACCCCAAAUAUCAUAAGUACAUUGAAAGAAGAAAAACAGAAGAAACCAAACGGAAAACAAAACAAAAAGAUGAAUUGGGGAAAACGUUUAAAUUUGUUGAACUAAACAGACCCAGAAACCUAUUGAAAUCUAAUUGUCGUACAUGCAUAUUUAUAUAUAAACAAUAUAGUCGAAUGCGAAUCAAAAUCACAAGUCCAACACACACACACACAUAUACACAUACUUAUAUACACAACCCCUUAUCGCGACAUAUGCGCCCAUGUUGGAUGGAUAAUGUACCAUAUGCUUACAUGAAUGUCUAAGCUCUUUUGUUGUUGUUUACAUUUUGAAUACAAAGAAUGCACAUUAGACAUAUAGAACAAAUAGAAAAAGAAAAGUAAAACGGAAUAAUACUAAUAAGAAGAAAAAGAAGAAGAUGAAGAGAAUGAUGAUGAUGAUGAUGAUGAUGAUUGCAGCAAUAUUGUAAAACAAUCCCUAAAACUGUACGGACACAAACGAAUAUACAAUAUAUUGUCCAGAUACCCUAUAGAUACGGUUGCCAAAUACACUCACACACGCACUAACUAACUUAGUUAAAAUACUAAAUUAAAAACAAUACAACCGAAAGGUGUCCGACCCCACCCCCACCAAGAACAUCGAAGUCGAAAUCAGCAUCACCCAACCACUCAACCAAUAAGACAUCAAAUCUUUCAAAUUGUGAGGGGUGGGUGAGGGGUCUGUUACUUUGCUCGCCAAAAUAUAUACACACAUAUAUAUAUUUUAAGGAACGUAAUACAUUGCGCAUGACAUGAAAU